AUGGCUGUCGAAGACACCAAGGGCAACAAGAAGCGCAAGGGCGCACCAGCUUCGUCGCCGAAAGCGAAGAAGGCCAAAAAGUCAUCUGAGGACACGGUAGCCACCAAGCCCGUCAAAGCCUCAAAGGGGUCCCCCGCAGUUUUGACGCCUGUUGAGACUAAGACGACCAAGGCCAAGUCUGCGCGCAAGCAAGCAGCUGACUUCAUGGACGUUGACGUUGACGUUGACGUUGAGGUUAAUGCUGCGCCCGCACCUGUACCCGAAGCUACUGCCCAGACCAAAGCAAAGAAGGGCAAAGCUGCCAAAGACGCCAAAGACACGACUGGCAAGGCGCCCGCGCUCGCUGUCACCAAGACAGAAUUCUCUACAGUGGAAGAGAAGUCCAAAGAAAAGACGAAAAAGACGAAGAAAGGAAAGCAAGCUGGGUUCGGUCCUGUCGAUGAGGAUGAGGCGCCUGCACAUCUCACUGUUUCCAAGACAAAAUCAAAGAAAUACAGGGACGGCAAGCAGGUAGAGACAGACGAAAUCGCUGCCGAGGGCGCAACUGAAGCAGACGAGGCAGACGACGAUGGCGAGGUGGACGAUCAGACUGCUGCUCUCCUGGCCGGUUUCGGCAGCGACGACGAUUCAGACGAUCCUUCUGAAGACCUGAACUUCGACGAAGAUAUCGCCGUGCCUAAGCUCAACGCCAAACAGCGAAAAGCAAUUGCAAAGGCAGAGCAGGCAGCCAAGUCAAACGAGCCUGGUGUCAUCUACGUCGGUCGCGUACCUCGAGGUUUCUUCGAGAAACAGAUGAAGCAAUACUUCUCCCAGUUUGGCAAAGUCAAUCGCCUGCGUCUUUCCCGCAACAAAAAGACCGGAGCCUCCAAGCACUUUGCUUUCGUCGAGUUCGCCUCCUCGGAGGUAGCAGACAUCGUUGCGAGAACCAUGGACAACUACCUGUUAUUCGGCCACAUUCUCAAGUGCAAGCUGCUACCUACGGACCAGGUUCAUCCUGAUCUCUUCAAGGGCGCUGGGCAGCGCUUCAAGGUUGACCCUCGCAAUAAGAAGGUUGGUCUCGCCAUGGCGCGCGGUGCGGAGCGCCCAGAGUGGGAGAAGCGGGUUGCCGCAGAGAAAAUGAAGCGGUCGCGAACAACUAAAAUGCUGAAAGACGAACUUGGCUAUGAGUUCACUCCCCCUUCGUUGAAGAGUGUCAAGGAUGUUCCAAAGCCGACCUCGGAUGUGGAGGACAAGGUCCAAGAACAACUUUUCAAGGAGGCACCCGUUGCGGAGCAGAUCACAACUAAGAAAGGAAAAAAAGGAGCCAAAGCAACGCCCAAUACCGUGGACGAGGCCAGCGGCACAGUUGAAGCGGCUCCUGAGUCAGUCGAACCCCUCGCGGGCAAGAAGAACAAGAAAGAUAAGAAACGAAAGUCUGACGUUGCUCUCGAGAUAACAGCUGAGGAAGCAGUCCCUCUACAGGCAGCUCUGAAAAGUAAGAAGGCUAAGAAGGAUGCAAAGCUCGAUGUGGUCAUAGAGGAGACGAAGCCUGAGGUCACCUCAAAGCCCAGGAAGGCUAAGAAGGUUAAAGCAUGA